GGUGUAGUCUGCCUUUCGCCCGAAGUCAGCUGGGUUAGCCUCCAGCGCCCCGCGACCUUAACUAGGAUAAGCGGUGUUGAAAAUGGAUGGAUGGAUAUGUAUAUAUAUAUAUAUAUACACAGUGGGUACGGAAAGUAUUCAGACCCCUUAAAAUUUUCACUCUUUGUUAUAUUGCAGCCAUUUGCUAGAAUAAUUUAAGAUAUUUUUUUUCCUCAUCAAUGUAAAUACAGCACCCCAUAUUGACAGAAAAAAACAGAAUUGUUGAAAUUUUUGCAGAUUUAUUAAAAAAAAGAAAAACUGAAAUAUCACACAGCCAUAAGUAUUCAGACCCUUUGCUGUGACACUCAUAUAUUUAACUUGGGUGCCUGUCCACUUCUGAUCAUCCUUGACAUGGUUCUACACCUUCAUUGGAGUCCAGGUGUGUUGGAUUAUACUGAUUGGACUUGAUUAGGAAUGCCACACACCUGUCUAUAGAAGACAUUACAGGUCACAGUGCAUGUCAGAGCAAAUGAGAAUCAUGUGGUCAAAGGAACUGCCUGAAGAGCUCAGAUACAGAAUUGUGGCAAGGUACAGAUCUGGCCAAGGUUACAAAGAAAAAAUCUGCUGCACUUAAGGUUCCCAAGAGCACAGUGGCCUCCAUAAUCCUUAAAUGGAAGACCUUUGGGAUGACCAGAACCCUUCCUAGAGCUGGCUGUCCAGCCAAACUGAGCAAUCGGGGGAAAAGAGCCUUGGUGAGAGAGGUAAAGAAGAUUACUGUGGCUGAGCUCCAGAGAUGCAGUCAGGAGAUGGGAGAACGUUCUAGAAAGUCAUCCAUCACUCCAGCCCUCCACCAGUCAGGCCUUUAUGGCAGAGUGGCCCGAUGUAAGCCUCUCCUCAGUGCAAGACGCAUGAAAGCCCGCAUGGAGUUGGCUAAAAAACACCUGAAGGACUCCAAGAUGAAAACCAGGCACUGCUCAUCACCUGUCCAAUACAGUCCCAACAGUAAAGCCUGGUGUUGGCAGCAUCAUGCUGUGGGGGUUUCUUUCAGCUGCAGGGACAGGGAGACUGGUUCCGCGUCCCCUCUACAUCCACACUGGAUCCCAUCUGCCGGUGAGACUUGUCUGCAUUCCACCAUGAAGGGUGGAAGUGCAGGAUGUUUCGAGAUGUUGCAAAAAGUGGCCCGGGUGGUAGCUGACGGACCGAAAAACAAGUCAGGUUUUUGGGACACCAGCGAAAGAACCUGCGUCACCCGCUCUUGGAACCAGGAACCAGAUGGGGCGUUGACACACCAGCAACAUCUAGAAGUGUCUAAGCAUGAACUAUAA